AUGUGGCAAACUCCCGCCAAUCCUCCACAACGCCAUGAUUACAUCUUCCGCGACGGGAUAAGAUAUGUUAGACCCUACUACUUUGAAUUCAUAUCUCAUGCGAAGAAUAGGUGGGCGGGGAAGACGAUUGUAGAUUUAUUUGCCGAGGAAUUCAAAGGCCGGCCGCACGAUUAUUAUGUGUCUGCUGUGAAAGCUGGACGGAUACAAGUUGAUGGACAGAUAGUACCUGUUUCGGAGGCCCCUUAUUUUUAUGUCACUAGUAGUUAUUUUCAUGCAUUUCUAAAACGUGUUGUAUUCGGAAGUAUGGUGGCGGUCGUGCAGGAGAUGAUGGCGCUUCGCCUUGUGGAGGGCAGCGGCUACGAUCUGUUCCAGGGAAGCGUCGAAGCCUCUGCAAGAAGAGGUGCAGCAGCUGUGCAGCGCCCUACGACGAUCUAUACUUUCUAA